GUAAAUCCAAAAUGGACACGCUUAUUCAAGGAAUCGUCGCAUUGAUAUCGACCAUUUGUUUUAUCCUCACCAUUUCCGUUUAUCUUUACGUAAAGAAUCUCCGAAAUACCCUUGGAAAAUGCAUCAUCAGCUGCCUUUUCAGUAUGGUCAUGGUGCAAGUUAUCUUUGUACAAAAUGCAUUCAAUUUUGUGUAUAACAUUUAUCCAACGUAUGGCAUCAUUUUCGGACAUCUAAUUCGUUUCUCCAUCAUUUUUGAGUGGAUUCGACAUUUUUUCCAGCUUGCUUACUUUAUUUGGCUUUCAGUGAUUAGCUACCACUUGUGGCAAGUCUUCAAGUCAGCCAGGCGCGAUGAGAACUGGCAUCAGUUUCUGGCCUACAGCAUUUUUGUAUGGAUCACUUCUAUUAUCCUGACAGUGGCCUCCUAUUUUAUGAAUAAUCUAGAUGAUCCAGAACUUAUAUCAACGCUGAUCUUCAACAUCUUCAAUCUAGUAAUGUUUAUUUUGACUACUAUAAACAUUUGCAAAGUAAAAAAUGAAAUGAAGAGAUUUGCACGAAAAAAGGACAAGACAACAACCUGCUUCAAUUUCGACACUCAAACGUAA